AUGUGCAAAAGAUUGAAGGCGUUUGGGACAAACAUUCACUCAGCCUUAAAUGUAACGAAGCAGCACCACUGGGGAAAACCUCUGUUAGGAGGAGAUGUUCAGUCUGCAGGACUGCAGCAGACCAGCUGAAGCUGCUGUGGGUUUCCUUUCUUGCUGAGUUGGCAGCUGGACUUCUUCCACUGAAAUUUAAACCACAUGGUUAAAGCAAAGAAUGACGAUGCCGCCUUCAAGAACCUGUGAUGUUGACUAUUAUCUCACACCUUCUACUGCACCUUCAUCUUUUUCAGAAAACGUAACUUACAGCACUGACAAACAGUAUAACUGCUUUUUAGUGAAGAAGAUAUUCUUUCUCUAGUUGUUCCUACAGUUUCUGGUCAGUGAUUCACUAUGUCGCCACGCCCCCUAGAAAUAUUAACUGUUUAAUAGUCCAAACGUGUCAUGUUGCGUUCAGUCGUAUGAAAAACAAAAUGCGGCCACUUUUUGAAUGGAUUUCCGGUUUUGGGUUAAUUUUGUUGCGCAGAAUUGUUGAGGCAGAACAUUUUUUAGGAUCCGUACCAUCAAAAGGUUCAUCGUCAUUUAUAUCUAAUAUUUCCCUAAUGCACGUAAACGCUUCAUGAGCGCAGAACCAGCUCAGACAGAACCAGAGGAAAGUUCAGGUUCGGUUCUGCUGAAAUCUUUGUGUUUGUAGAAUGUCUGAGUCAGACUUUGUGUUUAUGAGAUGAGAAUGUGGAGCAGAAAGAGAUGCAGAUGUUUUCUCUGAAUUUUCAAAUACAAUAAUUCGUCAGGAUGGAGAAACCUGUGAUGUUUACAGACUGACAUGGUCGACUGAAAACUUCUGUCCUGCUGAAACAAAUCCUCAGUGAUGUAGAAAAAACAGAGAGAGGAAAACAGGUCAGAGUUCGUCCAGCUGACUAAAGAUGCAGCAGAGCUGAGAAGAUGCUGAGGAAGGUGGUGAUGAUGAGGAGGGUCCUCCAUGUGAAGGGCGAUGUAAUGUGCACACUCGUCCUCCUGGUGGCGCUGUGCUUUCUACUCUAUGCUCGUCAGGUCGUCCUCUCCGCUGGGUGGAACCGAUCCGUCUGGCAGCUGCAGAUCCAUGGAUCCACCAGCUCCAGUCGCUCCCUGCUGGGCUCCAGUUCACAUACUGGGAGGAAGGAGGCGCUGCAGUCCACUCUACAGCCACAGCUGCCUUCCUGUAAACCCCGACUCAAGUCCAAACCUUCCCAGUCCAAAUCCAGCUCUCAGAUCAGAUCCAGGUCACGAAAGAAGAAAGUUAUUCCAACCGUGGCUGCUGGAAAACGGCUGCCGACGCUGCCGCCGUUUGACUUUGAGAGGUAUCUGAGAGAAAAGGACAAAAGGAACUUUAACCUGCUCAUCGACCAGCCUGAUAAAUGUCGCAUCAGAGAAGAAGAGGAAGGAGGAGAAAGAGGAGGCGCUGUUUCAGCUCCCUACAUGCUUAUUGCUGUGAAAUCUACAGCUGCAGAUUUCGACAAGCGGCAGUAUUUUAAAGUUUAUUCUCUGAGCUACAGGGAGCCAAAAAUUUGGUUUUACAGCAGCUGUCCUCAUGUGAAGUUCAUCUUCAAAGGUGACGCUGACGUCUACGUAAAUGUGGAAAACAUCCUGGAGAUGCUCCAAGGUCGAGAGCCAGAGAAGGAUUUGUUUGUGGGGGAUAUUAUCGUGAACGCCAAACCAAUCCGCCGUCGCACUUCCAAGUACUACGUUCCGGAGUUUGUGUACGGAGGCGGUCUGUACCCCAGUUAUGCAGGAGGAGGAGGGUUUGUGAUGUCAGGACACACGGCUCGAAGGCUGAGCUCCGCCUGUCAACAGGUGGAGCUGUUCCCGAUUGAUGACGUCUUUCUAGGAAUGUGCCUCCAGCUGAUCGGCGUCAAACCUUUACGCCAUCAGGGGUUUCGAACCUUCGGGAUUCCCCGACCGUCUGCGGCGCCACACCUCCAGACGUUUGACCCCUGCUUUUAUCGGGAGCUCAUGGUUGUUCACAGUCUUGGCGUCCCACAGAUCUGGCUCAUGUGGAACCUGCUUCACGACCCCAAACUGAGCUGCCACUACAGACACGGCCAGACGUCCGGACCCUUUAAAUGGAGAGGGAGUGUUGGAGAGAUGGCAGCAGAUGAGGCGGAUUAUGGUGAGAAGCCAGUGUUUCUCACACAUUAGUUCCUGCCAGGCGGGCAGAGCUGGAGCUGCUGGUAUCGUGCAGCAUUUGAGGACAGUAGGAAACGAUUUUAUCCAACCAAGCUGAUGGCAGGAAAUGAAAAGGCAAAGGAGGAAAUCUCUCCCAGCUGUGAAACUCAAGGAAUGCAUUGUGACUGUGACUGAGGGACCGAUCUGUCCCCAACUUAUUUAUCCACGACCAGAGGGAAAGUCUUUGAUGUGCAGAUGAGUUUAUGAAAAGUGAAGGUUUUUUUCUUACACAACUGAAUUUGUAAAGCUGCUGUCACACUAGCAACGUUUCCAUUACAAAUGGGCGCAAAACUUUCCCAAUUCUGAUAUUGAAGAAAAUAUAUGGUAACUUCACAAUUAGUGUAUUCCAUUAAAUAAGAAACACAAUUAAAAAAAUCACACAUGAAUAAGUUUGUUCACGCAAAAAGUUGUGAUAAAACGUGUGAUACCAUCUUCCUCAAACUACUUCUUGUCAUCUUGUUCUUCUGGGUUUCGCCAGUAGAAACAUCUAGUUGUUGGUCAUGUGAUGAAAAUAAAGUAUUUCCAUUUCAGUUUUGUGAAAUCAACCAAUUUCGAUCGGCCAAAGAAACCACCUCAUCCUAAUGUCAAGAAGGUUCUUUUCUACAAUUGGUGUGUUUCCAUUAAGCACUUUUACUUUCUAAAUGUCAAAUUGCACAAAAUGAAAUGACAAAAGUUAAUUUUAUUACUGGAAACACGCCGAUUUUGAAAAGAAAACCAAAACGUUUGCUUUUCACAAAAAUCAAAGCUGUGAUGGCAUUAGUUUACUUUAAAAAACUGAAACAUGUUUUUGCAUCACACAAGUCACAUGAUCAACAUCCAGGCGUUACGAUUGGUGGGAAAGACGAAGAGGACAACAGGAGGUAGUUGGAGGAAGAUGAUAGAAAAUUGUGUUUUUCUUUUUUAUUUUGUGGAAUAUUGAAGUUUUAUGCACAUUUGCAAUAGAAACACACCUACUGUCUUAUAUUUGUUUAUCUAAAAAUGCAUUUUACAUGUAAAAUUUGAGCACAUUUGGUGAAGUGUUGAUUCCUGUGAAGCUUAUGUAUUUUUCUCAUGACGUGUCUUUGCCACUACAUUGAAGAAGCAGCUGCACUGAUAAAGUACUAGUAGCGAAUAUGCAAGUUAUGCAUUUCAUCUCUGAAUUUCAACUUUUCAGAACUGAAGUUGUCUGCAAAAAAAAAAAACAGAAAAAAUUUCCGUUUCACAUCCACAUUUUAUUUUUCUGUUUUCAUAUUCUGGUUGUGCAACACAGAAAAUAAACUCUGUUAACAAACAGCCAGUAGCUUUGCUGAAAAUUUCAACAACCAUCAAAGGACUUCUGCUGCAGCAAAACCUUCAGUCUCAUGCGUCUCUUUGCACUCCAUGGUUUUAUUGCCGUUUAUUCAUGGGACAUGCUGGAUGAAUCUGCUUAUUAUUUUAUAUACAAAGUUAUUCAAAAUAUGCAUAUCAAAAAAGCCACAUUCCAGGGAAUUUCACAUCAGUCUCCUUCCAAAAAUGGGAUUUAAAACAUAAAAGUCAUCCAGAAAAAUCUGAGAGCAACAUUAGAGUGGAACUGAUAAAAAACCUUAACAACAGAUUGCUCAACUGAAGCCUGGGAUUCAAAAUAACAACAAACGGUUAAAUUUAUAAAAACAAAACAGAAUCACACACAGCUUAGGGUCUUCAUUUGUGUUUUUUUUUAUUUUAAAAAGGACAUAUCCACCUGAGUUUGGGUGAGAUUAAACUACCCAUCAAUCUAAUUUAAUGCUGCAGGAGUAAUUUUUGCAUUUCGUGGAUGAAUCUGAUUGAGCUACAAAGUGUUAUAAUCUGUUUGGACCUUUUCUUGUAUAGAACGUAGAACCUUUCAUUGUGAGACCAUUACUGAGGGGACUGGAUGAAAGAACAACAAUAAAACAUUUUUACUGAUGCAAUGUAAUAUAAAACAGGAAAUAUACGACCAUAAAUGGUUCCAGGCAGACAUGUGGGCUGAAAUCUGAGAAAACUGUUCAAAACAAAGAAAAAAACUAUUUAUCAAAUGAAUGAGAAGGUCUUGUACUUUUUCUGAGUUUAAGUAUAAAUAAUCUAAUCCUUUUAAGUGCAAUAAUUUGCAGCACUGAUUUGAACAAAAUGAAUUUCAGAGUUCUUAACUGUGUUUCUUCAACAUGCCAAAUGACAUGUUGAAGAAAAAUGAAAAACUAUUUAACAUUUUGACAGCAACAUUGCCAUGAUGCAGUUAAACCCUCAUAUUAAACACUGAGUAAUUAUGUGUAGCGAAAUGAGACUUUUGGCGUCUUAUUGUAUUAUUCAGCCGCCGCAGUUUGCUUCAAUAAAUUAUUCUUGUCUGAGCUCAGUGUCUGUCGCCACAAUAACUUUUUUUUUUUCUUAAGAGGCAGUCAUAAUAUAGAAAACACAAAUAAAAUAAAUUAAAAGAAAUUUCUGUCCAAAAAAAUCUGAAACAUUUUUAAAAAGUUUAACAUUUUUGACUUUUGAAACUCAGAAACUUCCAAGACUAUUUUUUUUUUAAAGAAAAUUCUCAGCUUUUAUACAUGUUCAUUCUUUUCUCCCAAAAAAAUUGUGGAAAUGAAUCCCAAAAUUGUUGAGUUUUUUCCCGCAUAUUUUUGACUUCUGGAGCUCAGAAAAGUCCUCGCUUUUUUAUGGAAAAUGUUUGGAAUGAAUCUAAACAUUUUGAGUUUACAGUGUAAAUUUACCCUUCUUUUUAUCCUGUCUACAUUAGCCUAAAUACGCCGUAAUACUUAUUUUCUGUUGCCCCAAAUCAACAUAAAUAAAUAGGAUGAAAGUUAAACUGAGCACCAGCAGUCUUAAGCGCAGGUUUAGUCGAUUCAAGUUCAGUCAAAAAGCUUUGAUCUUCGGACUGAACUCACCUGCUAGCUGAUAACAGGUUCUACCUUUUAUACAGAAAACAAUCCCGGUCAGCACAAAUGUUACACCUAGUGGCUAAACUAUGGUAUUACAUAUAACACAAAAAUUGCUCCCACAAACACUUUCCCACAGAAACGAACAUCUCCAGCAGCAAGCAAACAAAAACUGGGCUCAUACAUUCCUUUCCUCAAUCUGAAUGUUGCACUUGGAAAGAUUUCCCCCAAAAAGUUGAACAAAAACAAGAUUGACACCAUAUAUAAAAACUACAACACCCUAUUAAAGUCUGUGGUGAAGAUAUUUGGAAACAUGGAUAUUUAGUGUCGUUUAAUGCAACUAAACAAAAACGGGAAAUAAAAAAAUAAAAACAUUUAUUACAUUUAUUAAAUGUACAUUAAAUAAAUGUAAUAAAUGUUUUCAUUACAUUUAAUAUUUGUUAAAUGUAAUAAAAAUGCAGUUCCUAAUAAGGAACAAAUUAUGGCAAAAAUAUAAGAUCAUACCGAUCAGUUUUGAUCUAGUUUCCUGAGCACUCGAGAUAAGAAAACUAAUGUCAAUAAUGUAUGAAUAUUGAUGAAGAACUAAUAGUUCCACUGGCAAAUUAUUUCACUUACAAGACAUUUUUUUAUGUUGUAAAUGAAAUAAUCUGCCAUUGAAACUAGAACUUUUUCAUCAAUAUUAAUAAUUUACUUAAAGCAAACUCUCAUAUCUUAAAAGUUACUUAUAAGUUUGUUUCAUCUUAAUUCUUGGGUGCUAAGAUAUUAGCACUAGAAACUAGACUAAAAUUAGCUGGUAAUAUUUUGUAUUUCUGCAGUGUGGAGGUGAGGUGUGAUGGUUUGCAGAUGUUUUACUGCAGCAGCAUCACUGAAUGCAUUUCAGAUAAAGGGGGUAACACUAGAUAUUAACGGUAUAUCUACGUUAAUAUAGAUAUUAUAUUAACGUUUGAGGAAAACCAAGUUUUUCCUCAAACAGAAAAUACUUGGUUUCUUUUGUUUACAAUUACUUCUGUGAAUAUUUAUUGUUUAUGAAUAACCAAAUAAGUAAUGGUCCCUGUGUUUAAUUAUUAUAAUUUUUUUAGAUUACUAACUUAUUCGAUUUCGCACAGCGACAGAGGAAAACCACAACUACAUUUUUAGACAUGGAGGCUGAUUUUCGGCCUUUUUAUAGUUUUAUAAAACUAAGGUGACAGUAAUAUUCUAGGUGUCAUAAAAGCAAGACAAACAAAUAAAUGCAUGUCUGAAAUAAAAGCAGAAAAAUACUGAAAAACCCAACCUGGGAUUAUUUGCAGAAAUUAGAAAAAUAACUGGAACAAAAAUCAGCCCAUGCAACAGGUUGAUGCUAAUACUCAAUGACAAACACACACACAUUCACCAAUGCAAUUAAAAUGCAUUCUCACACUGUAUGUCCCACAGAAAAUCAUUUUUACAGAGGGCAAAAAAAAAAAAUUAAAAAAGGCUCAGAGGGAGAUGAGGCACAAUGUUUCAUUUUGCUUCUAAGACUUUUUUUAAAACUACAUUUUCUUCCACCGAAGCGAGUUUUGGGAAAAUGUUUGAUCACAACAUGUAUGACAGUUUUCACCAGAAAACAAACCAAAGCAGAGAUCAGCUCAACUUUAAAUAUUGGGAAACCUAACAGAACCCCAAAGAGAUAUGUUGGAAGUGGGUCUUCAAAACCCAAAAGUUUUGUCGAAGCUAAAGAAAGUGAGAACCUGAACAUCCAGGCUCACCCUGUCAUCCAGAUGGGGGCUGCACCAGGCAGGGAAAUCAGACAAAUAUCAAACUUUGUCCAGCAGAGAAUGAUGUGUGAAUGAAGAGUUUAUGUGCUUCACAGAGACAUCCGUUUACUGGCAGCCCUCCAUCGUCCACUAGAAACACCAACGCUGACCGGCUGACUGAAUCAGCCGAGAGCAGAAACUUUUUUUCUGAUUAACUUUCUUCACAACAUAGAAGAGAAGAAAGCAAGUCAUAACAAAGAAUGCCAUGAAGAGCUAUUUACAGCAUUUAUACAGCUUUGCAUGGACUCCACAACAGCUUUUCUUUUGAGAAACACUAAAAAGCAUUUAUUGGUUAGAAAUCUAAACACUGAAAAUGUUCUUGCUACUUUAAACAGCCCAUUUGGAAAUUCACUGCUGCAUGAAAAGAAAAACGUGCAUUUAAUGGCUCUCAGAUUGUAAAAGUUUGAAAAAAAAAAAAAAAACAAAAACAAAAAAAAAGGAAACAAGCUAGUUUGGGAUCCUUCAAAUGAAAAAAAUCACAAAUAAAAACAAUUCUAGAAUUCAUUUUGUUUGUGUAAUGGCUCCGCCUACAGUGUCUAACAAAUACCACCUGAUCUGUUCCACGUUUUGUCUCAGUACAAAAAUCAAACUAUCAUUUUAUUUGGGUGAAUAUGAUGUGAUAAAAUAGGUGGAAAAAAAUAGAUGCAUGAUUAUCAAAAAUUCAAAAUAAAAUGCGUUUUAAAUAUUCUCCCUUUACAGUGAGAUCCUUAAAUAAAACCAAGAGCAAUAAAAUACUUAUUUAGUAAGGAGUUGACUGAACGCUAACUAAAUAAUAUAUAAUAUAAUCUAUAAUCUACUGUUUGAGUCAAAAUCCGGCACAUUUCAGAUUGGCUUCUCCUUCAACGCACCUGAAUCAAAUGAUCAGCUAAUUCAGCUAUUUGAUUCAGGUGUUAAUAUUAACUAGAAUUAUGAAAAUAAAUUUGCUUAAUGGAAACAUGUCAAUUAUUUUUGUGACACAAUGAGGCGGUUUUGUGGCUGCAUCACAGGAGUCACCUGAUCAACAACCGGAUGUUACUACAGGUGGAGAAGACGAAGAGGAUGACAGGAAGUGGUAGGAGGAUGAUGAGGCUUCGUCUUCCUUUAAUUACUUACAGCCUGUACAAACUUAAUCACGUGUAAUUUUAAUUGCGUUUCUUAUUUAAUGGAAACAUCACAAUUGCGUAAUAAGAGUUUUCCAUUAGCGGACUAUCAAAGUUUUGUGCACAUUUGUAAUGGAAACGCAGCUGUUUUUGAGAGCUUUGCUUUGGAUCAAAGCUUAUUAGAAUGGUCCAGUCAAAGUUCAGCUCUAAAUCUAAUAGAUCUGUGGCAAGAGUUUACAACUUAUAUUCACAGAUGUCGUUUAAACCAAGAAUAGCAGUUUGUGUAGAGGAACAGUAAAGUUUGUGGUUGUACCUUGACAAAACGUGGAAAAAUCCAAGGGUAGUAGAUUUGUCCUUUAAAGGCACAGUCCUUAAACCGAAUAUUUUGGAAAGGCGGAAAAACAAAAAAACAUUUGCAUCAAGGAACAAUGAAAGAAUUUGUCUAUUGAAAUGAAUGCACAGUUUAUUAAUUAGUUUGUAAUUAAAAACAAGGUAAAUUUACACGCUUGGAGAAAGAAAUGACUGAUGCUGUUCUCCAUUUCCAAAACAAAAGUCGGGUUUACAACCACAGAAAUGACGGCUGUUCUCUACGUCACAGUUCACUGAGGACGUCGACCACGGUACGAGCUGACGGUAAACACGAUGCGUCUUAUCUAGAACGGAUGAGCUGAGUCGGCUGGUCAUGAUGGAUUAUUACUGAAACACGGAUUAAAAGAUGUGCCACGUCUUCAAAUUAAGAUGGAGUUAGGAAUAUUUGAGACUCUGCAAGACAAGAAAACACACCGAUCAAAUGAAGACUUCCUAAAAGGUCUUUGGCUUUAGCAUUUGGCAACUAAACAGAGAGAUAACUGCAGAUGGAUCAGAAGCAGAACGGAAGAAAGCACUGAAGAAAGACGAAACGUUGUCGUACAGAACGCGAUGGCGCCGCCGCUCAUCUGCACCAACACACACACACACAUCCACACACACCCCUCCUACUCUUCAAUACAUAUCCAUCUCAAAGGAUGGGGCACGAUCAAGUAAAAAUGUGUCUAUUAGUGCAAAUGUUAAAAACAAAAAAAAAGGAAUCACAAUAAAUUAUUAUUAUUACAUAAUGGAAAUGGUUGCCAUGGUGAGGGAGAAAUGGGCUUUGGACGCUCAGACAGAACAUGCAGGAAGGUUGUUAAAGCUGCAGUAUGUAACUUUUACAAAAGUAUGUUGGUUUUUUAACAUAAUAAUUAAAACUGUCACCAUGUUGUAGCAGUUUAAUACGAGACAGAUGAUCUGUGAAAAGAUCCAGCUUCUCCAACUCCUGUCAUCUAAAAAUACAACCAGUCAGUCAGGAGGAGGGUCUCAGCGCUGUUAAUCAACGUUGUGUACACGCUUUAACAACUUACCAUUCAAGGAAAUUGAUUUAUCUGCCAUUAUCUGUGGCUAUGCUAACUAGUGGCAGGCUAACAGAACAAGCGGAGGAUGUGAGGGUGAUUGACAGCGCUAAGACCCUCCUCCUGGCUCUGAUUGGUUGUUUCUCAUGGAGUUGUGUGUUCAGGUGACAGAAAGAUCUUAGAUGGAAGGCAGAGAAGUUCAAGUUUUCCACAGAUUAUCUGCCUUAUAUUGUACUGUCACAACCUAAUGAUAAUUUUAACAAAUAUGUAAAAAAAAGAAUUUUUUAAUAAAAGUGACAUGCUGUAGCUUUAAUCAACCAAACGAAGCGAGAGCGCUCGCUCUUGUGCUUUAUGGAGAUCGCUUCUCGUUCAGAGUCAUGCAGGUUGAGCUUUAACCAUCUGGACCGGCCGCCGGUCAUCAGAAACGGAGGACAGCUGGGGUUGAAAUGAUGGGAAGUAAAGUCUGUGGAAAUGAGAUGAUCGCUCUGACUGGUGACGGGAAACGGCUGCAAACGGACUCAGGAAGUGUUUGGUGAGGGAAGAUGGAGAUGUUUGGAUCGGGUCAGGCUGGGUCUUGAGAUUUAAAACAGAAAUGGACGCUUAGCUUGAAGUGUGUUUGGGCUCAUGGUGCAGGACUGGACGGGUUCGACUGGACCCAGUUCGGAGCGGGAAGACGAGCAGGACCGACCGGGAUGGCAGUGUGGUUGGCUGAUGUAGUUUUAUUAGUUUUCCUGCAGCGUUGAUGAACCCGAAUGCGUCACCUCACGAUGGCAUGAAGCUUCUCUUACUGUACAGGCAGCAGAACGGUCUCUGAGGUUCACAGGAUGCAGAUUUUACAGCUUUCUUUUCGAAGCAUGCGAGCUGCUCCUGCAGCAGGACCGCGUCCCUGCAGGACGGGGCGUGUUUGGUACCAACAGAACACCAGAUGAAGGUACCAAACAGGAGGCAGCAGGUCUGGUUUCGAUGUCAACUUGUUCACUCUGAAGCACCUGAGCCAGGUUGUAGUGAUUCUGUCAGGCCUGCUCAGGUGAAAAAAGAAAGAAAAAAAAUCUGGUUUCGGUUCCAAUUCAGUCAGCAAAAGAAUUGUUGUUUGGGUCGGCCAGAAUGGGGCGUGGUUCUGGUUCAGUGGGAACUAGCGCUGGACUCGGGUCGGGCUUGACUGGUGGUCCUGGGAGCUCCAUAGAGGGUGACUGAUGCUAUGUGGUUGUUCUGCAUCACCU